AUGGCUUAUUUCUCUAAAAAGGAAGAGAGGCCAAAGCAUAUUGGCUCAAUUCCUGGUCAUUUGGUAAUCAACCGUGGAAGGGAAGAAGGUUCUAAUAACAAUAUUAAUGUAUUACAAGCAUCUAAUUUGUUUGAUAACCUAACACAAUGUAUUACUUCUCCUGCUCAGUAUACAAUUCAAGGAAAGAAUUAUGAUUUUGGUUAUUAUUUAGUCGAUGGCAUAUAUCCGAAAUGGCCAACGCUUGUUCAAAACAUUUCCAAAUCUAAAGAUAAAAAGAAACAAUAUUUUGCAAUGAUGCAAGAAGCUUGUCGAAAAGAUGUGGAGCGAGCGUUUGGUGUUCUCCAGUCAAGAUUUGGUAUAAUCAAAGGCCCUGCACGUUUUUGGGAUAAACAAACUUUGCAUGAUAUCAUGACCACUUGCAUAAUAAUGCACAACAUGAUUAUUGAGGAUGAACGUGAUGAGCAAGAAGAUAUUGUCGUUUCUACUCCACCAUCAAUUUCAAAUGUUGUAUUGUCGUUUCUACUCCACCAUCAAUUUCAAAUGUUGAAGACAUAG